AUGAUAGUUUACCAGGCUUUGUCUCUGUUUCCUUCCAUCCAGAUUGCAUUCUUCGAGGAUAAGAGUUUCCAAGGCCGAAGCUAUGAGUGCAGCACUGAUAGUCCUGACCUGCGCUCUUAUUUCAGCCGUUGCAACUCCAUUAAGGUGGAGAGUGGCUGCUGGGUGCUGUAUGAGCGUCCCAACUACACUGGCAACCAGUACAUCCUGAGCCCCGGGGAAUACGCUGAUCACCAGCAGUGGAUGGGAUUCAAUGACAGCAUCAAGUCAUGUCGCUCUAUCAAAAAUGUUUAUGGGAAGUCCUGGAAGAUCCGAUUCUAUGACAAGAAGGAUUUUGCCGGCCAAGCUCUAGAGUGUGUUGAGGAUUGCCCAUCGGUUUACGAGGCCUUCAAGUUUGGGGAGUUCCACUCCUGCGUGGUGAUAGAUGGUGCCUGGAUCCUCUACGAGCAGCCCAACUACCGCGGACACCAGUACUUCCUGGAACGUGGCGAGUACCACAACUAUACAGACUGGGGCGCCACCUCCCCUGCUGCCGGAUCCUUCCGCAUGAUCACGGAGUUCUAGAACAACAGCGACCAUCCAGGGUUCUCCAGCCCCUAAAAGAGUUAUUUGAGUGCAUUAGGCCACCAAAGUUCUAGAGUUCUAAAGAAAAUCAGUUUCAGAACAUGAGUUCCAAAGACCUAUGGCAAAUUUCAAAUUUAAAAAUUCAAUGUUCCAGAAUCCUAUCUUGAGGAAGCUCUAGAACAAUCUCAGGAGGUUCAGAGUCCCUGGAGGCUAAGAUUCGAGAACCCUGCAGCUUCCCAACUGCUUUUUCCAUUUGGAAAUUUGUCCUCUCCC